UCAUGACGUCGCUACUUCCGGAUACUUCCAGGCUGUGUUUUGUUGUCGGGUGGAGGUGGAGAGACUGUUUUCUUCUUUUAUUUUUGAUUAUUUGACCUGCUCGCUUACACCAGUGUCGACAUGAAUCGUAUCUUCGGACGAGGAAAGGCCAAAGGACCGCCACCGAACCUGACGGACUGUAUAUCGGGUGUUGACUCACGAGCAGAGUCUAUCGAUAAAAAGGUAGCCAGACUUGAUGCUGAACUGAUGAAAUACAAAGAUCAAAUGAAGAAAAUGAGGGAUGGCCCAUCAAAGAACAUGGUGAAACAGAAAGCCAUGAGAGUCCUCAAGCAGAAGAGAAUGUAUGAGGGGCAGAGAGAUCAGUUGAUGCAGCAGUCAUUUAACAUGGAACAAGCAAACUACACCAUCCAGACACUAAAAGACACCAAGACCACUGUGGACGCAAUGAAAAUCGGUGCCAAAGAAAUGAAAAAAGCAUACAAGAAUGUUAAAAUUGAUCAGAUCGAGGAUCUACAAGAUCAGUUGGAGGACAUGAUGGAAGAUGCUAAUGAAGUGCAAGAAGCUCUCAGCCGCAGCUACGGGACACCAGACAUCGAUGAAGAUGACCUGGAAGCAGAACUGGACGCACUCGGUGAUGAACUCCUCUUGGACGAUGACAACUCCUACCUGGAUGAGGCUUCUUCUGCUCCAGCUAUACCCGAAGGAGUACCAGGAGACAGAAGCACGAAUCGGGACGGUGUACUGGUGGAUGAGUUUGGCCUUCCUCAGAUUCCAGCCACAUAAUGAAACCAAAGGACAAUACAUCCUAAACCCUCGAAAGAUUCGGACACAAACACUGGGACAGACCUUCAACGUCAAGAUGUUAUCAGUUUUUAAAAUCAGUCUUGAUCGAUGUAUAAUCUUUUGCUUCAUAAGAAAUAUAUCAAUGCUAUCUUUCAACAUUAAUAAUUGGGUUCGGAAUUUGUUGGUUGGUUUCUUUCUGACCUUGUAGAUAGGAUUUAUGUUCUGAAGGAUAUACACCAGAAGGUGGUUUACUUUGUACUGCAAUACACUUUAUUGAAAGCAUAAAUAAAUAUAAUUUACAUACAA